AUGCUCUUUGAGGAGCUCCCUGUGGACUUGGUCAGAGAAGUUUUGUUGCGAGUGGAUGGUCGAACGCUGAUUGUUUUCUGUCAACUGGUUUGCAAGAAGUGGCACUCUGUGAUCGAUGAUGUCGGCUUCUGGCGGAAGAAGUGUCGUCAAGAGAAUGUGAUUUUUGCCGAGAAGCAUACAUCAGAAACUGUAAAAAGCAUCAUACGGGUUUACUUGUUGAGGCCAUUCGGGAAGAACCUCAUCAAAAAUCCAAGUGGCGAAGAACAAAUGCGGCACUGGGAGGCGCUGCGUGGAGGUGGUGAAGGAUUCAUUAUCGAAAGACCUCCGGUAUAUGUUGAAACUGACGUAUUUCCUGUGUGCUUCGCGACCUCUUUCGAGAGCGACAUCAAACUUCAAGCUGUUGAUCUGAUCAAGGAAGGAUGUGACUCGAAGGUACUCGAUUCUUUGAAGCCAGUCAUCACCGUUUCAGAGUGGCACGCUGCAAGAAUUGAUUGCGCUUCCACUCAUGGACUUGUCGUGCACUUGCUGAAAUCGAAGCAAAUUGAUAAUUUGCAGAGGUUCGAUCUUAGCCCUUGGCAAAGCACUCCUCCAGAUGUAAUAACACGUACAACGUUUGAAAAAUUUACCCGCGUUGAACAGUGGCAAGAUGGCAAAUGGAUUCAAACAGUCCAUUCGUUCCGUGACUAUCCGGAAGGAAUACGAGUGGUGAUGUUUUACAGUAUUGGACUAGACAAUCAGUUCUGGGCGGGACAUUAUGGCGCUAAAAUGGCAGGCGCUUCCGUGGUUGUACAUUUCGAUUAA